AGCUGCCUUUCAGUGCCACCUAUCAGUGCCAGUCAGUGCUGCCUAUCAGUGCCAUCAGUGCUGCCUAUCAGUGCCAGUCAGUGCUGCCUAUCAGUGCCAUAUAUGAGUGCUGCCUUUCAGUGUCCACCAGUGAUGCCUGUCAAUGCCAAUCAGUGCCACCUACCAGUGCCUCCUCAUCAGUACCAAUCAGUGCCACCUAGCAGUGCCCAGUAGUGCAGCCUAUCAGUGCCCAUCACUGCAGCCUCAUUAGUGCACAUCAGUGAAGGAGAAAAAUCACUUAUUUACAAAAU